CCUCCUCCUCCCCUUCCCCGCCUCCCAGCUCAGGCAGGAGGAAGCAGAGCCGGGUGCAGCGGAGUGGGUGCUGGGUGCUGCAGGCGCCCCGCCGUGAGCAUGGCCUGGACCAGGUACCAGCUGCUCCUGGCCGCGCUGAUGCUGCUCACCGGCUCCAUCAACACCCUCUCGGCCAAAUGGGCCGACAACUUCAGCGCCGCCGGCUGCCGGGGCACGGAGGAGCACCCGUUCCAGCACCCCUUCCUGCAGGCCGUGGGCAUGUUCCUGGGCGAGUUCUCCUGCCUCGUGGCUUUCUACCUCCUGAUGUGUCGGGACCGGCGGCGAGCUGAGCCCAUCCUGGCCACUGCGCAGCCCUUCAACCCGCUGCUCUUCCUGCCCCCGGCGCUCUGCGACAUGACGGGGACCAGCAUCAUGUAUGUGGCCCUGAACAUGACGAGCGCCUCCAGCUUCCAGAUGCUGCGGGGGGCCGUCAUCAUCUUCACCGGGCUGCUCUCCGUGGCCUUCCUGGGCCGCAAGCUGGUGCUGAGCCAGUGGCUGGGCAUCGCGGUGACCAUCGCGGGGCUGGUGGUGGUGGGGCUGGCGGACCUGCUCAACAACCAGGAUGAGAAACACAACCUCAGCGAGGUCAUCACAGGUGACCUGCUCAUCAUCAUGGCCCAGGUGAUCGUCGCCAUCCAGAUGGUGCUGGAGGAGAAGUUCGUCUACAAGCACGACGUGCACCCACUGCGGGCUGUCGGCACAGAGGGGCUCUUCGGCUUCGUUAUCUUGACGCUGCUGCUGAUCCCGAUGUACUUCAUCCCGGCCGGCAGCUUUGGUGGCAACCCGCGGCACGUGCUGGAGGAUGCCCUGGAUGCCUUCUGCCAGGUGGGACGCCAGCCCCUCAUCGUCCUGGCUUUGCUGGGCAACAUCAGCAGCAUCGCCUUCUUCAACUUCGCCGGCAUCAGCGUCACCAAGGAGAUCAGCGCCACCACGCGCAUGGUGCUGGACAGCCUGCGCACCGUGGUCAUCUGGGCCGUCAGCCUGGCCGUGGGCUGGGAGGUCUUCCACGCCCUGCAGAUCCUGGGCUUCCUCAUCCUGCUCGCCGGCGCUGCCCUCUACAACGGCUUGCACCAGCCCCUGCUGGCUAGGCUAGCCCGGCGCCCGCCCGCGGGCACCCCAGGGGAGCAGGAGAGCCUGCUGCAUGGAGAUAGGAUGCCCAUCAAUGCGGACAGCUGAGACCAACAUCCGGCUGUAGGGACUGCGGGGCUCUAGCACGUCAGGGAUGGACGCUGUCUCCCUCUGCCCCAUCCCUUGUUCUUGCUCCAUCAGAUCAGCCCCUGGGAUCUCGGGUUCUUCCGGACACCACUGACUUGAUCAUCAAGGCCACGGGGUUAUUUGUACCCCCCCGCCUCCAACUUGGUUUUAGGCAUCACGUGCACGGUGACUGCAGACAGCAGGAAGGUGCUCGGGUGGGGGGGGUCUCUGCCCCGUGGUGUGGGGUGCACGGUGCUAGCACGUCCUCGCACCCAAGACUUCAUCCCUCGCUGCAGUCACGGCUCCUUUAGGGGGUUAGCCACCGGGCUCUCAUGUCCCGGGCAAUGCCAGCCUGUCCCGUGGAGGCCCCAUGGGACCCUGCAGGAGUGAGAGCUCCUGGGUGGCACGCGCUGUGGCAAAACCAAGCAGGGCUCCCUGUUCUGGGUGAGCUACCAGGAGGCACAGACGCUCCCAGCAGCGUCCAGGCUGCAUUGGCAGCUCCCCCCUGGUAUCAGGGACCUGUGCAUGGUGGUUGUCGGUGGCAUCCCUGCUUGGCACCGCACUGGUCUGUGCUGGUGGGUUUCUUGCGGAUGAAGCAUUGCAGCUUCCCCUCGUGGCUCCUGAGACCCUGUGGAGAUCCCCUCUCUCCUCUUCCCGUACCAGGGUUUCACGGGCUGGCUGCUGCCCAUCCUGAGCUGGUGGUCUCUUAAGAAAAGAGGGAUGUCCUUCCCGUGGGGGUGUCAUACCAGCCUGGGGGGGGAAAGGGGGAAGCAGUGAGGGCAUGAUUUUGGCCCGUUGCCUUUUUUUCAAUCUGAGUUUUGUAACCAAUAAAGUGACACCGAUGAUG